UCAAGGUGCAUCGUGUUUUGACUAUACCUACAUAAAUUCCAAAAUUUCUUUGGUUUGUAAUUUUGUAGCUACAAAUCUUACAACAGCUAGAUACAACUACCACUGUAAAUAGUACUUUUCACUCUGAACAAGUAUAAAUUCCGCUUUUAGUGACAUGGAUCUUCAGAAAGAAAAAGAACGCGACCGCUCGAGACGCGGUGAUAGGCCAUCGAGGUUCUCAGACGCCAACAGAGACCGGUCGUCUGACCGAGAUCGCACCGAGAGCAGGCGCUUAUUUGUAUCAAACAUACCAUACGAAUUUCGUUGGACGGAACUGAAAGAUUUGUUCAAAGAGAAAGUUGGAGAUGUGGCUUAUGUAGAAUUGUUGACCGAUGACAGUGGAAAAGCAAGAGGAUGUGGUAUUGUUGAAUUUACAAACACAGAGGCAAUGAAGAAGGCACUAUUUGUGAUGCAUCGGUAUGAGUUGAAUGGACGAAAACUUGUUCUAAAAGAAGAAACUGGAAAUGAAAGAAGAAUGCACACUUCUAGACCACAACAUAGAGAAGGGAGAAAUAAUAGAGAUGACAAAGACAAUUGGGGAAUUAAUAAGCCAAGAGAACCAGAGAAUUUAAACACAUAUGGAUUAAGUUUACAAUUCUUGGAAUCUAUCAAUGUUCAACCUCCUUUAGUGAAGAAAGUGUUUGUGGCAAAUCUGGAUUACAAAGCUGACCAAGCCAAAAUUAAGGAGGUAUUUAAAAUGGCUGGUAAAGUACGUAACAUUGAUUUGGCUGUUGAUAAAGAUGGUAAUAGUAGAGGAUUUGCUGUCAUUGAGUACGACCACCCAGUUGAAGCAGUACAGGCUAUUUCAAUGUUUGAUAAACAAAUGUUGUAUGAACGAAGAAUGACAGUACGUAUGGACAGAGGAGUAACAGACAAGGGAGAACUUAGGUUACCUGAAGGCUUAAAAGGAAUCGGCAUGGGACUAGGACCGAAUGGCGAGCCUUUACGUGACGUAGCUAGAAAUUUACCACAGGCUAACAACACAACUAACAUGAACUUGGCCAAUACAGCACCUACUAUAGGUGCUGGAGUUUUGGGUGCAGUUCCAACAGCAGCUGGUGUUGCAUUGAAUGGUUUAGGAUCUGGAUUGUCUGCGAAUGCUUUGAAUGCCAACAGUGCUCUUGGUGGAGGCUUAGGCCUACAGGCAUUGGGAUUGACUGGCUUAGGCGCACUCCAAAACCAGUUACUCCAACAAGGUUUGACAGCUAAUGAUUUAGCAACAGUUCUAACAGCACAGGCAAAUGUGAACCAAGCAGCUAGUUUGGGGAUCGGAAACAAUGAAAUGAAUUCUAAUGUUCUUACCUCUGGAGUUAUGGGUGGCAAUCAGAUGAAUUCUGGACCUCUUUCGAACAUUUCAGGUACAAGCAGACCGUUGGGUGUUUCAGUACCGAACCAGGGAUAUGGCCGCGAUACUGGAGUCCAACAAUCCACUAGGGACAAACCAUCAGACAUGGUCAUAAUUACCAAUUUACCACAGACAGUGACUUGGCAAUUGAUUAGAGAGAAGUUCAGUGAAUGUGGCGAUGUUAAGUUCGCUGAAAUGACUGCUCCAGAUACGGCCAUCGUUCGAUUCCACAAGGAAUGGGAUGCGGAGAGAGCUAUAAAAAUGUUCGACAGGACUCGUAUCGACGGCCGCACAAUCGAUGUGCGCUACUUUUAAACGCUAAGGAGAAAGUGGUUCAAGUCGUUCUCUUGUGGGGGUUUGUAUGCAAUCGGCUGCCCGGAUAAUGCGCUGUUUUAAUCCACGUCGUAGUGUCUCGUGAUAAAGUGUCCAAUAUCUUUCAAAUGAUGUUUAUCCUUUGACAAUCUUUAUUAACUUUUAGGUUUAAUCUUAGUGUAAGCUUCGUAAUUUUUGCUGUACCAUUUGAUGAGAGAAUUCAAUAAAAUAAAAUAACAUUA